AUGAAGUCCUUUGCUAUUCUGUCAUCUCUCCUGCUCCUCGGGGCUGCCACCGCGCAAGAGAUCCAGUCCAAGCCCUUCCAUUUGGUCAUCACUCAGGCGGCUAAGAAGGCAUUGAACGGCGAGCAACUUUCCGCCUGCCACUCCGGCGCUGCCAUCGAAUCACUUUGCCUGGCUGGAAGUUCCGGUGGUCACUUUUACCUGAACCACACCAAGGGAGAAGAAGCUCCUAUCAAGGGCAAUGGCCUUCCCGGUGCUCUCAUCUGGAACCUGCCCUACAAUGGUGAUCUUGUCGAGUCCGAGCCCAUGAGCUUCUACUCCGACCCUUCCACCAAUGUCGCUAUGCCCAUGUUCAUGCCUAGCUACGAUCAGCAGGAGGUCUUCUUCAACAAGAACAAUGUCAUGGGUAUCUACAGCUACCUGAAUGAUGCCGUUACUCCUCCUACUGGCGACACUGUAAAGGUGCUGAAGAACUGGUAUGUGUGCGAGACAUACUACGCCGCAUACACCUACCGCACCUUGAACUGGGUUAUGGGUAAUGGCUCUCAAAAGCCUCAGAACCCCAGCUGCGUGAAGGUAGAGGUUGAGCGCAAGUUCUUGUAA